AUGAUGAAUCGAUACCAACAACAACAUUUACAAACACAUAAUUCGACUGCAACUCUCCCAUCAAACCAUCACUUUCACCUUAGUAGUAGUACAACAACAACUACAACAACUGUUCUACAAGCACCCGUUGAUACUUAUUCAACCAAUAACAAUUCAAUUGUUGAUAUACAUCAACCAAAUCAUUACAAUUUACUUGAUGAUAAUUAUAUUUAUAAUCCUCCACCUUCAUAUUGUACUAAACAUCAUCAGAUAUAUCGUUCACCAACAAUUUGUACAUUAGAUACUCAACCACCUGUUUAUGAAACAUACACAUCACCAUCCACAAAUAUUCCAGUAAAUACAUAUGAACAAUUUUGUAUUGAUAAUUCUCAAACAUCACCAUCAGCAUCAUGGGUAGCAACAACAAGUGAUGGGUCAAUAUAUCAUCCAAUACAAUCAUUUGAUCAAUGUAAUAUUUAUUUAAAUAAUUCACAAUUAUCUGAACAAAACUAUCGAGAUUAUUCUUCAAUUCCAUUAUCUAAUAAUGAAACUUCCUCAUCAUCAACAUCAUCAUCAUCUUCAUUUCAUAAUCCAUUACAACAGCAACAACAGCCGCAACAACAACAACAAUAUAGACAACUUGAACAGUCAACAACAUCAACUUUAGAUGAAAAACCUCUUGCUAUUGUUGCAAGUGAAGCAAAAUAUAAAUGGAUGCAAAUAAAACGUACACCAGCUAAAACAGCAGGAAAACCGACUGAUUACAAUUAUAAUAAUGGUACAUCACUAAUGAAUGGAUCAUCAUCAAAUUCAAUGAUGAAUUCUAAUGCAGCUAAUGCUGGUCGAACGAAUUUUACUAAUAAACAAUUGACAGAAUUAGAAAAAGAAUUUCAUUUUAGUCGUUAUUUAACACGAGCAAGACGAAUUGAAAUAGCAGCAUCACUUCAAUUAAAUGAAACACAAGUGAAAAUUUGGUUUCAAAAUCGUCGUAUGAAAGCAAAAAAAAGACAACGUGAACCCGAUAUUCUUACAUUUGAUUCCAUGUGA